CUCGCGAUAUUUCAGAUAUUCGUAUCAAGAUUUCUUCCAUUGUCUAACAAAAAAAAAAAAAAGACGCUGCUGCAUUAUAUUAUUUAAUCAAUAACAUAUAGUUUUGAGCUCGAGAAGGUGAUAACGAUACACGUAAAUGAGAACUGUUUUUGUUAUCGUGUUAUCGCAACGAAGAUAUGUUGCUGGUAAUGUUGAUUCACGCGCGUACUGGAUUCCAUUUGUCAAGACAUUUAGCAGCUAGCUUGGGCUAGCUGUCCGUACCGUGUGUUAGUUACGCCAACUUUGUUUCAUUGCAGCCGCAUUAGUUUACCUCUACGCCACACUUCAAACGAUACAGUAGUUCUAAAUACACCGUGGGACCAGUAAGAGCCUCAGAGAAUGCUGGCGACGGGAGCAGCUGUAACUAAUGUCACAGCCCUGGCCCAGGUGGACCGGGAGAAGAUCUACCAAUGGAUCAAUGAAUUGUCCAGCCCAGAAACCAGAGAAAAUGCCUUGCUGGAACUAAGCAAGAAACGUGAAUCUGUGCCAGACCUUGCUCCGAUGCUCUGGCACUCUUGUGGCACCAUUGCUGCUCUGUUGCAAGAGAUAGUGAACAUCUAUCCAUCUAUAAAUCCACCCACACUUACAGCUCACCAGUCUAACAGGGUGUGCAACGCCCUGGCACUUCUGCAGUGCGUCGCCUCGCACCCUGAGACACGGUCUGCUUUUCUUGCUGCUCACAUCCCACUUUUCCUUUAUCCUUUUCUGCACACUGUGAGCAAAACACGGCCGUUUGAGUACCUUCGACUCACCAGCCUUGGAGUUAUAGGUGCCUUGGUCAAAACAGAUGAACAAGAAGUGAUUAACUUCCUCCUCACCACUGAAAUCAUCCCACUGUGUCUCCGUAUCAUGGAAUCAGGCAGUGAACUCUCUAAGACGGUUGCUACUUUCAUACUACAGAAGAUUCUGUUGGAUGACACAGGGCUCGCCUACAUAUGUCAGACUUAUGAGCGUUUCUCCCAUGUGGCCAUGAUCCUUGGCAAAAUGGUGUUGCAGCUCUCGAAAGAACCAUCAGCACGUCUGCUGAAGCAUGUUGUUCGCUGCUACCUUCGCCUCUCAGAUAAUCUCAGAGCCAGAGAAGCCCUGCGUCAGUGUUUGCCAGACCAGCUGAAAGACAGCACCUUUGCCCAGGUGCUGAAGGACGACACCACCACCAAGCGCUGGCUAGCACAGUUGGUCAAGAACCUGCAGGAGGGCCAAGUCACUGAUGCUAGAGGCAUCCCAUUGGCUCCACAGUGAUGGGGACAAAGUGUGUGCUGACAGUGGACACAGAAGGACUCUCUCAUCACUGUCUAGAUUUUGUAUUUUGCCAAAUGCGGUGCUAAGACUGUCUGCAAAGUGAAGGAACUUAAUAAUAGAGGAAAAUAUAUUUUGGAUGGAUUAAUAUCCAUAGAUUUAUCUGUCAGUACAUCACCGCCAGACUUGAGGCUACUAUCUCAACUUAAAGAGCCUUACUGAUAGCAGAGUUUCAAAGCUAGUAUUGAUAUCAAUAUUUGAGAAUAAUGACACUGAUAUCAGCUGAUAUUUAUUUUUGGCUUAAAAAUUUUGGCAAGAUCUCUCAAAAUUGAUGGAUUAAAAGUUAUGAUGAAGAUAUGUAUGAGUAGGAUAAUUUACAGUUACACAAAAUAUAUCACUAUCAACAAUAGCAGGAAUUUUUGAAGAGUAAACUUCACUGAAAAUGAUAAAUAGUUUUAAGUAACAACAGAGAAAUGCUUUAAACUUGAACUAGGAAAAAACGGCCAAUGUACAUAAGAAUGCAGCUUAUAAAAUAUUUAUUGCUGCACUUAACUGCACUCUAAUUAUCCUGAUGUCUGUCAACAUUUAGGUCAAUACUUAUCGGUGAUACACAAGUAUCACCCGUUCCAAAAUAUCACUCAGCUGUGCUCCUUUCCCGAUUAUCACUGUAACUUCAUGUAACAUUCCACUUCAGAGUAGAAACUGUUAUUUUUUGCUUCUUGCAUUUCAAAUACGACUUUUUAAUCUUC